GAGGACGGCCUAUUGCGGAGGCAGAGCGCGGAAGAGGCGGCAGUAGAGGCAGCGACGGCGACGAAGAAGCAGGUUCAGAAUCGGCAGCCAUGGCGGAGAGCGACCGGGACACAGUGACGGUGCUGCGCAAGAAGGGCCCCAGCGCGGCCCAGGCCAAGUCCAAGCAGGCAGUCCUGGCUGCUCAGAGAAGAGGCGAUGAUGUGGAGACCUCCAAGAAAUGGGCAGCCGGCCAAAACAAGCAGCACUCGAUCACCAAGAACACAGCCAAGCUGGACCGGGAGACGGAGGAGCUGCACCACGACCGGGUGCCCCUUGAGGUGGGCAAGGUGAUCCAGCAGGGCCGGCAGAGCAAGGGGCUCACCCAGAAGGACCUCGCCACGAAAAUCAACGAAAAGCCCCAGGUCAUUGCUGACUAUGAAUCUGGGCGGGCGAUCCCCAACAACCAGGUGCUGGGCAAGAUCGAGAGAGCCAUUGGUCUCAAGCUGCGAGGACGGGACAUCGGGAAACCCCUCGAAAAAGGCCCGAAAGGGAAGUGAUGACAAAGCCUCGAAAUCAGUUUGCCCCGACUGAUCUCGCCUGGCUGUCCGCCUCUCCUGGGCGGCCAGGAACCUUUUGUCUUCGCCAGGCGGAAACGGCCGGCGUUUGCCUUCUUCUACAGGGGUGAGAGAGAAAACCUCCAGAAUUUCAGCCCUCCUAUUUAGGGGGAAAGUCAGUAAACCUCUCCAUGGGACACUCUGUGUCCUGCCUCUCUCCUUCUCAAAGCGAGAUUGAGUAUCUAAAUCCUAAUAAAAGCUGUAACUGAUUCUGCUGGGGGCAAAAAAAACAGCAAA